UGUCUUGAGGGAACCAAUAGGCAGCAAGUGCGUGCAUUUUGCUUGACAGUACGUCACAGGAAUACGAGCUCAAAAAGUUCGUCGCUCUUCAUGUCGAAUGUGGCUGACACAGUAACUUGAGAGAGAAAGAGAUUGAAGCGACUCCGUGAACGUAAUGGACACCUUGCUGUGGGCUUUGGCAGUGCUACUGGUUCUCUUCUCCUGUCUGGAUGUGUGGUACUACCUCCGAGCAGCUGCCACGCUGAUCCGAGCCUGGUUCCAGCCUCAUGUGUGGGACGUGACGGGGGAGCAGACCAUGGGUGGACGGGUGCUUCCUCACGACAUGGACCUGUGCCACAUGAACAACGCACGCUACCUGCGGGAGUGCGAUUUCGCUCGCCUCUCCCUGUACACGCGCAACGGAGUCUUCAAGGCCCUCCGAGCCCUUGGGGGCAGCAUUGUCGUCGGGGCAACCACCAUCCGCCUCCGACAGGCCCUGUGCGUAGGCAAGGCCUUCCAGCUCCGCAGCCGCAUCAUCACCUGGGACGACAAGGCCUUCUUCCUGGAGCACCGCUUCGUCUCGGGGAAGGACGCCCGUGUGUCUGCUGUCAUGUACUGCAAGCAGAACAUCAUUGGCUGUAGCCCAGACAAGAUUCUGCAGUUCCUGUGCAAGAGGAAGGUGGAAUGCCCAGAAGUCCCAGAGGAUCUCCAGCACUGGAUCAACUUUAUAUCUGCCAACAGCCAGGCUUUGAAGUCCGAGAGCGGGAUGGACGAGAAGAGCAAGUGAGGACACGGCACCAAGUCCUUCCCAAUGAACAAUAAAAGACAAAAAGGUUAAAUAGCUGGCAUUAUACAACAGUUAGGUCUGGUUGAAUGAUUUACAACACCAUGGCUGUGAUUGAGCCAGCAGCCUUGAGCCUACAGCUGUGGAGAUAUCCUUUGCCAACCCCACUCUCAC